AGCGCUGGGGGGGACAGGGCAGCUCGCCAGAGGAGGCUUGCUGGCGGAAAGGAGCGGAGGGCGUCGACUCUGCUGCUGCUGCGAGCCCCACUGUCGCCGCCCGCCCGCCAGCGCGCUGUGCAAGCGAGCGACGCCACUUUCCAGACGCCUUGGCUCUCGCCUUGCCGGCCGCUGCGCUCCCGUUUAGCACCGGGCAAGAGAAGCGAGAAGCCGGGCGGGCGGGGCGCGCUGGGGCGGCGGGCACCUUGCUGCCGCUGCUGCUGCCUUUCCAAGGAGGGACGCCGGCGAGGGCUGUCGUCGUAACGCGGGUUUCCAAGGCGAGCCACUGUGAAGGUCCACCAUGUCUGACAGAAAGGCUGUGAUCAAAAAUGCUGACAUGUCUGAGGACAUGCAGCAGGAUGCUGUCGAUUGUGCCACGCAGGCCAUGGAGAAGUACAAUAUAGAGAAGGAUAUUGCCGCAUACAUCAAAAAGGAAUUUGACAAGAAAUACAACCCCACCUGGCACUGCAUCGUGGGCAGGAACUUCGGUAGCUACGUAACGCAUGAGACGAAGCACUUCAUUUACUUCUACUUGGGCCAAGUGGCGAUUCUGCUCUUCAAAUCCGGCUAGGGGUUCAGGCCAGCACCUGUGGGGGAGGUCACGGCUGGUGAGGAACAUGGACUGUAGCACUAAAGACAGGCUCCAGCUCUUUAACCAUGGCUGCACCACUGCAUGGACUCGAUACUAUAUUUAAUGUGUAUAUGUUGCCGUAAAAAAUACCUACAAUUCUCAUUUCUUUCUCUGUUUUGGGGGGAUUGCCUAAGAGAAGAAAGGCAGUGUAUUAUCCUCUCUUCCUCCUCUUUUUUUUUGUUUUUUGUUUGUUUUCCCUUUUAUGUUCCUGCUUCUUAUUUUUUUCUGUUCUUUUGCACUAGGAGAACUGUAAAAUGCUUCAACAUUGGCCUUUAAGUGAGAAGAAGAAAUAAAAUAAAACAAGAAACUUCAAUUCCACAAAACAAAUCUUUGGGUUUAACUUUCUUCUUGCAGAAGGCUGGAGGCCUAACCCUAGCAGAGCGGGGGCGGGGGAACUGUGUUAGGUGUAGAAUCUCUCUAAAAGUUCACUAAAUUAUUUUUAAAUUCCUGUCUAGCUUCCACUUCCCGAAAUGGCACUAUUGUCCCAUGAAGUCGCCUUAGCUCUAAACAAAGUGAUUGGAGGCAGCCCUGGGUGCGUCUAUGUAUCUGUGUGUUGUCUUGGCCUAAUUUUCUUUGCUUUUCUUUGAUUCACCCGUGCUGCCUCCAACACAAAUGGAGCAAACAAAGCUGAUAUGAUUUGCAAAAUGCGUGGUAUCCUCUAGAGGAGACGCUUCUCUCCCCCCCCCCCCCCAAAAGAAUCGCCUGGGCUAUCUGUAUCGACAUUUCUAAAGCAUUUUUCAAAUGAAAGAUGUCUACUCUUGUGUCCAAGAUUCUGUCGUGAUGCCCAAUGGAUGUGAUCAGGAUUUUCUAUGCCUGUUUUGAGUCUGUACAGUAUUGCCUUAUUGUAGCUCAUGUCCUCUCAUUGUGCAGGGAAGAUCCUGUCCAAAAUCAGUGGCUUAAAUGUUGCUGUGCUUUAAAUGUCCUCCAGUAAAGAUGAAUAGACCUUCAUCUCUUAGAGGCUGAACCCCAGUCUUCUUCUUCUGCUGGCUUUCUAUUCUGAUCCCCUCUUGACCCAACAAGAUGUCAGGAGUAGCUCUGUACCUAACUAGCUCCUGAACGUGCAAGGAAAGGUCUCCUCUGGGCUUUCUUAGCUUCCUUAGUCUAUGGUUGUACAGGAAUACGUUUAAGUUCUGUUGCAACAAUAAAAACAAACAAACCUGGGAUUGCUUUUUUAUUUUUGCAAAGGUGACGUACAAAGUACAGUGUUAGCUUUAACAUCUCUGGUUGCUUUUUGCAGUUCAAAGAGCCUAGAAAUUUCUAUUUUGGGGGGGGGGGGGAAGCAGUUCUUUAAAAACAAAUGGGAUGCAAAGAAGCAAGAAGACUUUUAUUGAAGGAGCUGGGUUCAUGGAGUUUCUCAGUCAUCCAGGUCCUUUCAAAAGGCAACUGGACCUUCUUGGGUUUUCCUUUUGAAAAGCUUUGCUUCUCAUCCAAGAACUGAAGAAGCAGCUUCUUGGAUGAGAAGCAAAACACUUCAAGGAAAAAACAAAGGGCCAAUCGCCUUUUGAAUAAGCACCUUUGAGAUGCCCUGGGUUCAAAGUGUGAGGAUGCGGCCCCUGUUCUUUUCCAUUCGAUACCCAAAGUUAUUGGUUAGAGAAUUAUGGCGGUCUCCCCUCAUUUAUUGGGGAGGGGGCUGUGUCUGAAAGAACAAGACAGAUCCAAAUCAUAAGAAUGCUGAAUCCAAAGCAUACCCCAAAAUAACAGGCUCCUUGUAGAACUGUUUCAUGAAACAAAACAAAUGGUCAAAGUUGGAACGGCUGUUGUGUUUAAUGUUCAUUGGUUUUUUUCCAUCCAAAGAGGUAGAGAGGCAGUGGCAAAGUAAGUGCCUGGGGUUCAGAGGGCACCGUCCCACAGAAAACAUUGUCCUUCAUUGGAGAAAAAAAAAAAAAAGACGACUGUCUUGUUUCUUUAAUUCUGUGCAUGAGUCCAACUGUGAAUAAGCUCACUUCAUGGAGUGCGAGAAACGAAUCCUUCCCAUCCUAACUGCAGUUGCUCAGACUAACCCUUUUUAUUUUUCAAAAACAUUAAAAUCAAAUUGACACAUUUAA